CUACCUGAACAUCAACAAUCCGUCCUGCAUGUACAUAUCUUAUACUGAGGAUGAGUCUUUAAGGCGAAUAGUGAUAAAGUUUUUUUUUACUUUAGUACAUAGGUGAAAUUCAUCCUCAGCUGUAGAAAACUGAGAUUGUAGUACAAAAAUAAAUAGUUUGACCAGGUUAAGGUUUCUAGGAAUCUGCACCUUUGAGAAACUUUUUGUACAUUCACAACACAUAAAAGAGACAUGGGGGCAGGUGAGAGUCGCCACGGGGGUCAUUCUGGGGAGGAGGACGACGACGAGGAUGAGGACUGGAUGCAGGCCGACAAGUACGCCGAGUGGGACUGUGCGGACCACAUAGACUACAACGGGACAGCCAUGACUGUUCGGCACGUGGAAAUGCCCCUCGACGAGGCUGGGAAGAGGCGGGUCACCACGAACAGUGGGGGAGGCUACGGCUUCAGCCACGAAGCCAUCGUGUUUGACGUGAUGUGCGCUGAUGGACGAGUGACAAAAUUCACGGCAGAGUUUACAUUCAAAGGAGUUCUCAAACGUUGGGGGCAUCACAAAGUUAUUUCGAACGUAAAGGGUCACAAGAACAUCAAUUUACCAAUGACUGAAGUACUCAAUCGAAUACAGACCCCGAGAACCUAUGACUUGCUGUCCUAUAAUUGUAAACAUUACGCUGUCGAUAAAUUUAAACAAUUCUAGAUUUUAUAUAUAGUCCAGAAAUAUACUCAUGUAAGUCGGUCUCCAUUUGGUAUACGAAGAUAGAAAAAAUAAAAUAUUACAAAAAAACA